AUGAGUUGCAUUCAAACAACUGCUUGCCUUCCUGCUGACAACGUCACAAGUAUAUGCUCUUCAUGGCAUGCACUUUCUAUGCCAUGGGAUGCACGUCAAUCCUUCAAGGCUUCUCUGAAAGUGAGUUCAUUUGCAUUACCUUACCGGAAUACAACAUAUCCUAAGGCAUCCUUGAAAUUGACUGCUGCUGCAUCUAGAUAUGAUCGAUGUGCACCUGUUUGUUUAUUUGGUUGGAAAGGGAAGUCAGAGAAUGACAAUAAGGCUUCUCUUUGGAAUGCUAUGGGAAGUUUGAAGAAAGAGUCAGUCGAGCAUGUAUUGCCGCAGCAAAUCCAAAAACAAGCAUACUAUGAUGAUGGAGGCAGUGGUAGGAAUCGUCCAGGUGGUGGGUGGUUCUGGUGGUUCAAAGGAUGAAGGCCGUUCUGGGAACUUGGAUGAGCUGCUACAAGUGAUAUUGGCAACCAUUGGCUUCAUAUUUCUCUAUAUUUUCAUCACUGAGGACAUGAGUUAACUCUGUUAGCAAAAGACUACAUCAAAUUUCUCUUUGGAGGACAGAAGAGUUUCCGUCUAAAGCGUUCCAUGGACAACUGGGGGAAGUUCUUCCAGAGGCUGACAAGGAAGCAGGAGGUUGAACCACAUUGGUUGAAACUUGAAAUUAUCAAUUCUCCUAUGUGGUGGGACAGCCCAGAAAAAUAUAAGCAGAUCCUCAGGGCUUACCUAGCAUCAACGUCUUGUUAGAGUAUAGUAACAUCUUAAUAUUAGGGGUAGUUUAGUCUUUUAUUUUAUUUUUUGUUGUCCUAAUAUAUACGGGUGUCUAUUGUUUAUCUUUAGGUUAAGGUGAUUGUAGCAAACUUUUGUAGUCCCAAUGACAUCUUCUCUUAUUUUCUUUCUCAUUCUCUAUUCAAUAAUCGUUAUUUUCAUAGUAUCAGAGCAUGAUAUUUG